UAAAUUAUGGAAAUUUUUUGGAAGACGCUGACUUGGAUAUUGAGCCUGGUCUUGGCCGCUGCUGAAUCUCAGAUCCUCUCAUACAACUCUCAAGCGGAAUUCCUGUCCACGCUGGAGCACUACCAGCUAACAGUACCUGUGCAGGUGAACGAGAAGGGCCAGUUCAUGAGUUACACUGUGAAGAAUCAUAGACCCGGUCGGCGGCGACGUGGACUGGACCAGACUGAGCCGUUCCACACAGAGAUCAGGCUUUUCUACAAACUCUUAGCCUACGGGAAGCACUUUCACCUGAAUCUAACGCUGAACCCCAACCUGGUUUCAAAACAUUUCACUGUAGAAUAUUGGGGCAAAGACGGACUGGACUGGCAGCAUUCUUUGGUGGAAAACUGCCACUAUGUUGGAUACCUACUGGAUCAAUAUAACACUACAAAAGUGGCAUUGAGCAACUGCAAAGGCUUGCAUGGUGUCAUAACCACAGAAGAAGAACAGUAUUUAAUAGAGCCAUUACAAAAUAUAACCAAACAUUUCAGUGAUGUGGACCACGAAGAUGGACAACCACACGUUAUUUAUAAAAAGUCUUCCAUUCCUUCUCCACAAGAGCACAGCGAGGAGUUCAGCUGUGGUGUUUCAGACCUCACAAUAAACACCAGUCCUGCUGUAGACUCAUCUUACCCGGCCCAGCGUGGCGACAGCUCGACAGGUGUCCACCGACAACGCCGUUCCGUCAGCUCAGAACGCUUUGUGGAAACCCUGGUGGUGGCUGACAAAAUGAUGGUUGGCUAUCACGGUCGCAAAGACAUUGAGCACUACAUCCUGUCUGUGAUGAAUAUUGUUGCCAAACUUUACCGCGAUGCCAGUCUAGGAAACGUUGUGAACAUUAUCGUAACCAGACUGAUUAUUCUGACUGAAGAUCAGCACAACCUGGAGAUAAAUCACCAUGCAGACAAAUCUCUGGAUAGCUUCUGUAAAUGGCAGAAAUCCAUUCUUUCUCAUCAGGGAGACGGAAACAGUAUCCCAGAGAACGGGAUAGCCCAUCACGACAACGCUGUUCUCAUCACAAGAUAUGACAUCUGCACAUAUAAGAACAAACCCUGCGGGACCCUUGGUUUGGCGUCUGUAGCUGGAAUGUGUGAGCCGGAGAGGAGCUGUAGUAUUAAUGAAGAUAUAGGCCUGGGCUCAGCCUUCACUAUUGCACAUGAGAUCGGGCAUAAUUUCGGCAUGAACCAUGAUGGAAUUGGGAACUCCUGCGGGACCAAAGGGCACGAGACAGCCAAGCUGAUGGCAGCCCAUAUCACGGCCAACACCAACCCGUUCUCCUGGUCAGCCUGCAGCAAGGACUACAUCACCAGCUUUCUGGAUUCAGGUCGGGGAACGUGUCUGGACAAUGAGCCUCUGAAACGAGACUUCCUGUACCCCACUGCGGCUCCAGGGCAGGUGUAUGAUGCAGAUGAGCAGUGUCGUUUCCAGUACGGUGCUUCCUCCCGGCAGUGCAAGUAUGGGGAAGUGUGUAGAGAGCUCUGGUGCCUUAGCAAAAGUAAUCGCUGUGUCACCAACAGUAUCCCAGCUGCAGAAGGAACCUUGUGUCAAACCAGUAGCAUUGAAAAAGGAUGGUGCUAUCAGGGUGAGUGUGUUGCAUUUGGGACAUGGCCACAGAGCGUUGAUGGAAGCUGGGGACCUUGGACCUCCUGGGGCGAGUGCAGUCGGACCUGCGGCGGUGGCGUCUCCUCAUCCAUGCGACAUUGUGACAGCCCAUCGCCGACAGGCGGAGGGAAGUACUGUCUCGGAGAGAGGAAACGCUACAGAUCGUGCAACACUGAUCCUUGUCCAGCAGGAUCACGUGACUUCAGGGAGAAGCAGUGUGCCGAUUUUGAUAACAUGCCUUUCCGUGGGAAGUACUACAACUGGAAGCCAUACACUGGAGGUGGAGUGAAGCCCUGUGCUCUGAACUGUCUUGCUGAGGGUUACAACUUCUACACCGAGCGUUCUCCCGCAGUGAUCGAUGGCACGCGCUGCCAGGCGGACUCUCUCGACAUAUGCAUCAACGGAGAGUGCAAACAUGUUGGCUGUGAUAAUAUCCUGGGCUCGGAUGCUAAAGAGGACAGAUGUCGGGUGUGCGGAGGUGACGGCAGCACGUGUGAGGUCACAGAGGGCUUGUUCAAUGACUCACUGCCUAGAGGAGGUUACAUGGAGGUCAUCCAGAUACCAAAAGGAUCCGUUCAUAUUGAAAUCAGGGAAGUGACCAUGUCAAAGAACUACAUCGCUUUGAAAUCAGAGGGAGAUGACUAUUACAUCAACGGAGCCUGGACCAUUGACUGGCCCCGCAAAUUUGAUAUCGCAGGAACAGCCUUUCACUACAAGAGGCCGACGAAUGAGCCCGAGUCGCUAGAGGCUCUAGGAGCCACCACAGAAAUUUUGUUUGUUAUGGUGCUACUACAAGAACAGAAUCUGGGCAUCCACUACAAGUUCAAUGUGCCCAUCCAGCGCACUGGAAGUGGAGACAAUGAAGUGGGCUCUUCCUGGCACCACCUGCCCUGGUCUGAGUGCUCGGCUACAUGUGCGGGAGGCUUGCAGAAGCAGGAGGUGGUUUGUAAAAGGUUGGACGAUAAUUCUGUGGUCCAAAACAGCUACUGCGACUUGGACAGCAAACCGCCCGUGAACCAACGACCCUGUAACACAGAGCCAUGCCCUCCUGAGUGGUUUAUUGGUGACUGGUCAGAAUGUGGAAAAACUUGUGAUGGAGGCAUCCAUACACGCACUGUUUUGUGUAUACGUAAAAUCGGACCUGCCGAGGAGGAGACAUUGGAGGACAGCCUCUGUCUGACCCAUCGACCAAUAGAACAAGAGUCCUGCAAUAAUCAGUCCUGCCCACCUCAGUGGAUCACUCUGGAUUGGUCUGAGUGUACGCCAAAGUGUGGACCUGGCUUCAAACACCGCAUCGUUCUGUGUAAAAGUAGCGACCUGUCCAAAACCUUCCCACCUGUCCUCUGUUCUGACCACAAUAAACCUCCAGUCCGUAUUCGCUGUAGCCUCGGUCGCUGUCCGCCCCCACGCUGGAUCCCUGGAGAAUGGGGACAGUGCUCCGCACAGUGUGGACUGGGACAACAGAUGCGGACGGUUCAGUGUCUGUCGUAUACAGGACAGCCCUCCAGCGAGUGCCCCGAUUCACUGCGACCCAAUACCAUGCAGCAGUGUGAAAGCAAGUGUGACUCUACACCCAUCUCAGGUGGAGAUGAGUGCAAAGACGUAAACAAGGUGGCAUAUUGCCCAUUGGUGCUGAAGUUCAAGUUCUGCAGCCGUGCGUACUUCAGGCAGAUGUGCUGCAAAACGUGCCAAGGACACUGACCCCGAGGAGUGAAGCAGAGACAGAUGCCGAAAAAAAGGAAGGAGAGAGAGAACCGGGCAGAGAGAAAAGCAAAUCAGCAUUGUUGGAGUCAGCGCUGGGCACUCUCUCUUUCUCUUGCUCUCUUCACUCAUACACACACAUCAACAUACAACAGCUUUUGUAGCCCUGUGGAACCCUAACCACUGCUCAGCACUGCGCUGACACCUUUGUUGUAUUUUCACUUCUGUGAAGUGGGAAUGUAUAAAAUGAUCAUUAUUGUUGUUAUUUUUAUAAUAAUAAUAACAAUUUCUAUUGGCUAUUAUUAUUAUUAUUAUUAUUAUUAUUAUUAUUAUUAUUAUUGAUGUCUUUCUGUUGUUAUAAUCCAAAGUGCUGGACACAUCAUUCACAGAGGUAGCAAGGCAGAGAUUUUUCAAGGCACCCAUGUACAGAAGACCUGACUGGUUUUUCCCUGGGUCUCAUGUACACACUACUCCCACAGAUCUGUUGGCAACACUGCAUUAGGGGGCGUUCACAACGACAGUGGCAUUCAGAUAAACCAGAAGUCAUAUAUUUUCAAUGUGAGUUAGCGAUUUGAGGCGACCUGAGCACAGAGACACGCCAAAGUUGAGCACAGUUCAACUAUAUGCAUGUUCAGUGACUACGAAUGGGAGGUAGAAAGUGACGUGACCUGCUGCUUGAUACGGUUGGAUACUAAGUAGGAAAGCCAACUAGCAACCAACAGUACAAUGACUUGGUGACCUCCAGCGAUUUAAUCGCUGUUAAUCAAUACAUUUACAUACACUUUGGAAAGUUCAAUUUCAGUCUAAAACAAUAAUUAGCCUUUUUAAAAUGCCAUGUAAACACUUUAGUCCGACUGAAAUCAGUCCAAUUUUUGCGAAGUCGGACUAACAGACCUAGGUAAUGCCAUUGUUGUUCGGCUUCGUCCAGCAUGUAUUCUCCUUUUUUCUGAACAUGGAAGUGUCCCCUGAUUCAUACCAGAACACUGUUUUCUUUGUCCAGUCUCCUGUGUCUGUUCUUAGCAGAUAAUGUGAUGUUUAACGUAUUAAAUGUGUAAAAAUUGACGAAAAAAGAAUGUAACUCCAAAGUGACGAUACUUUUUACAGUGGGUAGAAGACAUAAUGCUAUAGCCCGAGGUUAAUUAUGUUGAUUUAAUGUACUAUUUCAGAGUUAUUAUAGCCAAUAACUGCACAAGUUGAGCCUGACCUCAUUUUUACUGGUGGUUGUUCUCCAUCUGGAUCGUUCGUUUCAGUAGUUUUUACAUUACUUGUUAUGGAGACUAAAACCAAAAAACAGUCCAGCAGAAAUCAGAAUCAUAAUGGAGUCACCUAGUGGUCGGUCAGGAAAACUGUGACCUCGGCAUUGUGCGCAUGCUCUAAAAGACAGAGGUGACACGCAAAGUGUAUUUCACCCAGCGAAUUUGACAUCCUUCAAAACAUUUGAUUACGCACUGUGUCACGUAUACUUCGAAUGACAAAGAUGAAGAAUGUAGCUCGACUACACAAAAACCCAAGAGUUGUUUCAUAAUGGGAUUAAUGGUGUGCAUGCAGUUUUACUGCAAAUGAUAACUUGGAACUUCUAUGCGGGUCUUAAUUAAUUUGGCUCAUGCUUUUAUCCAAAGCGACUUUAUGUGCUUUCAAGGUUUACAUUUUAUCAAUAUAUGCGUUCCCUGGGAUAGAACCAAUGACCUUUGUGUUGGUAGCACUGUGCUCUAUCAGUUGAGCUACAGGAACUUCUAAACCUAACCUAAAGCCCUAGUCGCCACUCUUUGAAGAAAAACAGGGUAGUAAGAAUGAGCUCUGUGGUGCUAAAAUCUCAAUUCGAGCUUAAGUGUCCAGAUGUUCAGUUGUAGCCACCUGUUUUACUAAGCUGAAUCACAUGGCCAUGGGCCAAAGAAUUCCACUGUUGUCUGACAUUUGAACAAGGCCUGAAAAUCAGAUCAGCUCACACCUCCAAAAGGGACGUCUCAAGUAUUGUGUCUCUAGAAUUAUUAUGGACACCGGAGACAGGCAUUAAUUGCGACUCUGACGUUAUUCUGCUAUAAAUUGUGCAGCUCUGACAUCUGUAUGUCUGUUCCGGGGCCCAGAGUGUUCCAGACGCAAUAAUUUCCUUGUAAAAUGUGUGCUGCGACCAUGCUCCACCACAUUAUCAGCAAUAUAUGCAGACAAUUCAUCAGCUCAGUGGUGUCCAAGCAAGUUUUAGAGAUCUCCAGGUAUGCAAUGCUGAUCCAUUAGUAAAGUUAAGGACCAGUACCUGGGUAAACUGCCAGACCCCACGGAUCCGGUCUGUGAUCGACUACCUCCAGAAGAGCCCCUCUUCCUCCUUCCCUGAGAUCACACUGCUUAUUUUUAAAGAGAGAAGACCUCAAACCCUCCAAAUUCAAUGGUGCUUGUCUUCCUGCAGCUGAGGACUGUUUGUUCCGCUGCUUUCCUUCCUCUCACCUUUUGUGCGGCUGGAUCAUCUGGCUCUAUUGUGCUAUGAGACCUUGAUGUACUCUGAGCUUGAGGUCUAAGUAAUUGACUGAAAACCAAGGACAGUUUAAGUCUGUUCCAAAACCUAGCGAGCUGUCUACCUAGAUAGAAUUUCCAAGAUUUUAUAGGCCAAGUUUGAAACCUCCAUUUUCAGUUUUCCGACGUCAUUGUUUUCCAAAGUAUGCAUUUAUGGAGAGCGUUUUCAAUGGGAAAACGCUGUCCUAGUGUGAAUUAUAGCUGUAAAUGUUGCAAAAUUAAUGCAUUUUCAAGCAAAAACUUAUUAUUGUUUUAAGGCCAUAGUCCCGCUCUCAAUGCAGAGGUUGGUCCAAAAGAUAGAUACGUACCUUCUUUUGGCCAAAUAUGAACCCUCAGAGCCCAAGCAUUGCAGAGUUGCAACAUUUACUUAAAGUAUUAUUAAUUGUUGGGUGAGAGACAGACCAAAAUUGAAGUCCUUGUUCACGUAUUCAUGAUUAUAGUGAUUUUUCAGAAAGACUUUUCAGCAAUGCUGAUUAUAAAUGACAUUCAAUACCCCAAAAUGUAUCAAUAAAAAAUUCAGUCUAAUAAAAACAAAUUACUAUUUUAACCAAUAUUUGUGCUACAGUAUUGUGUCAUUAGCUUAGCAACAUGCUAACAUCACACUUUAUUGGAAUCAGUUGCUGGUCGGCUAUGAAAUGCGCUAUUCGCUACCAAUAUAAAACUUUCCAAACCAGUCACUUGCGAGGUUCCAUUUCGCUCACUGAGUUUUGGGACAGAGUCUUUCUUUUUUACACUGGUUUAAGUUGGCUCUUUUGUAAACAUUCCUGCAACUAUCUGUUACCACAAUUGGGUGACUGAUGCUGUCUUAGCAAAGGGAACUUCAAAUAAUAGGGAAUUGGGUGCCACAAUAUUAGAUCUCACUUCACUUAUGGGGCACAACAGACAGAUAGUUAGAAAGAGGAGUUUAGGAGACACUCAUUACCAUUUUUAAUCAUACAACCAUUCUACUUUUGCUGCUGCUACUUUUUUUUGUAGCCACAAACACAACAUUAAUCAGUUAUGUAUUGUUAUGAAAUGUUUAAACUGAGAUUAUUCAACAGUGAACAGUGGAAAUGUAGGCCCAACAUGCUGAGCAUCCUGAAAUUGUGCUUUGUAAAAUCCUAAGGCUUGAAGUACAAGUUUACUGGCUUUGGGACAUGGAGGCAAGAGACUCUCAAUAAGACUCAGUGGAAUUGGUACUCAUCGCUGUGAACUUGUGUCUUUGAAUGUCACAUCGUUUAACCUGUACCUGCAGAAGAGAGCAUUUUGUGAAUAGUUGCUUAUAUUUUAUAUUCAGUAUUAAUGUUGGUACACUGUUACUAAUUUUUUUUCAUAUGUAAAUUAUAUGCUAAUUUAUUGCCAUUUGUCACUUGUUUUAUGUACGUUUCACUGCAUGCAAACUGAAAUCUAGUCUAGUGUAAACGAUGCAGUGAAAUAACACUUCACGGUCUUGUUUUAGUCUCUGUAAAAAUGUGAGUUUGAAUGUGUCUUACUUGCUACUAGAGUGCUCUUAAAACUACGUUUUGUGUGAGUUGAGCGUUUGAGUGCGUGUGUGUCGGUAUGGUAUUACUGCACUGUUCUCGAGCGCCAGUGCUCACGAAAAAUUAUAAUUAAUAAUGGUAAGUUAUGUUAAAUGGUUAAAAAAAAAAAAAAAAAAAAAAAAGAUAU